AUGUACGGAAAGGUGUGCGGCUCUGUUGUGGCUGUGCACGCGGGUGCCAUCAAAGACGCACGUGGGAAAUCGGGCAAGAUUUGGCACCAAAAGUGGCAGCGCAAUUGCGCCGCUUGGACGUCAGCUGGUGAUGAAUUUCAGGGCUUUAAGACGAGCCUGGCAAGCAGGUCUCGUAACCCUGCAGACCGGUUACACAAGCAGGCCGAUCUUGACCCACUGGGGACACAGAACCGCAAGCGGCGUAGGGUGGGAGGUGAAGAAGAGGAGGAGGUGAAGAAGGAGGAGAAGAAGAAGAAGAAGGAGGCGGAGGAGGAGAUGAUGAAGGCGAAAGCGGAGCCACAGGUCAGAAGGGCGCCGAAGCCCAAACCUGUUCGGACCGUCAAGUUUACCUUUGUUCUGAUCCCUUCGACGAAGCGGGCUAGGGCUGGCCAAGCUCUGCGACCAACGGCCAUCGAGUUCAGUUCUCUUGUCCAGCAUGGCGCUACACGGACUGUGUCGAUCGCAGCUGAUGCCCAUAGCCAUUACGCCAAAGCGCAAGUUGUCACCGCCUUUGCUCUUCCGGCGCCGGGUGCCAUUGCUAAUCUGGCGAACAUUCACGAUCUCAUUCUCAAACACGAUCUUAUCUUGCUCCGGGUAGACCAGCCAAGCCUGAAGGGGCGAAAGGCUGGGAAGAGCAAGAAGGCGAAGGCUGGAAAGCGUCUCAUUCUGAAGCACUUCACUCACGAUUUCUCGGCCGUCAAUCUCAAUACCGCGACGAUUCUCUCAAAGAUCAAGGACAUCACGCCAAAGUUCUAUGGCCAAUUGAUCUUCCUGGCAUUGCGCAACCCGGACGCUCCAACCGUUCCUCUUUCAUGCGAGGUCAAUGACAGGCUCGACAAGACCGACUCAGAUGACUCUGACUCCGACGUUGACAUGGACUCGAUGACCAGCAAUAAUGGACAAGAAGAUGAUGCGAUGAAUACUGACAAUGACGAAGACAAUCCCUUGCCAGAAGACCGUCAUGAAGAUGUCGUGGACGAUGAAGCAGAUGAAGCAGACGAUGAUGAACAUGUCCAGAAACGACGCCGCACAGUGCCUACCACUGACAAGACGCCUUCAUCCACACCGCCACCACCGGAGGAGCCUUCAUAUGAGCAGUCUCUGUCGCAGGAGCUUUCAGAUGCGGAUGUGUUGGAGCUUGGUGAUGAGAGCGCAUCUGCAACACAUCACAACCUCAUGCGCCUUCAUCAAUACUUGCAGAAGAGCAAGACUGACUUCAAGUUCAGCCUCGUCAAGGUUCAUGACGGAGCACCUGUUCUACCUUACUCCUGCAUGGAGGACGACAUCCGCGCAAUUGAGGCGGAUCUCUCCCAGUUCUCCGACCUUUACAUUACAUGCAGCGAGGGUCGCCGCGCUCUGGACAUCCUUGGCAAUCGCCUCUUUCAACGUGGUCGCUUUAACUUCAUCCACGACGCCGUCAACGAGAUCCGUGGCGUAGAAGACCUUGCUGCUGUCUCGCCAUCAGCACGUCAGCGCUUCCAUGACAAGUUUCUUGCGGGAUGCGGGGGGAUCGGUCUCUUUCUUCCUUGCCUCACUCGUGCCCACCAGCUCGUCAAGCUCGUCAAGUCUCUCUGUCUGCGCGAUGUCACAGGAGCUGGAGUGUUCACGCUCCCUGUCUCUGUUGGGCGCCUGCUCCAGAUAUCCCACGACUUGAACGACAUCACCGCCGCCUUGCUCAAGGGUGUGAAGUUCAUACGCUCUUACCCUCGACAAUACUGGGAUAUCCAGCCUGCCCAGGCUGUGAUACGCUAUUACGACAAACUUGAGGGCUCUAUGCUGUAUGGCGUCCGCGGCUUCUGGGAGAAGCUGGCAGGAUUCAUUGGCCGCAUUGAAUCUGGCGAGGAGAUCGAGCGCCUAGAUCUUGUGCUUGCUCUCAUGUCAGUCUUCCAUUGCUGGGACAAUCCAAAGCGAAUGGCGCAUUGCGUGGCGAUGAGUGCAGGUCCAUAUGGCUUCAUGGAGGCCUUCUUCCAGCCCGUCGUCAUUCCCAUCUUGGAUGAUUACUCACACGGGAACAAGGAGGAGCUGGUCGACGUCUUGGAGAUCUUCCUGACGUGCGUAUGGCGCAAAGUUCGCAAUUGGGGGCUGAACCCAUCACGCGUCGAAAGACCACAGAUGUCAAUGCACAACGGCAAGCCAAAGUACAUGUCCAGCGAGUAUCAUGAUCCCACUGCUGCCUCCGCCAGCGACUGCCACAACUUUCUCACGGGUGAACAGCGUCGGUCAUCUCACUCCACGUUCUACAUGGAACAUUUUGAGGAUUCCGAUGAUGAAAUGACCGACACUGCUUCUUUGGCUGGUGACGCCGACAUACCAGGUCCGAAGGCAAGGGCGUACACAGGGCCGGAUAUCUUUUCUCGGAAGCAAGCCAGAGGCCAUCCUCCACCCCGACCUCGCCGACGAUCUCCUUCACCAUCACCUCCGCCACAGCCACGGGCUCCUCCUCGGCGCAAGCCCGCAAAGCCCGCAAAGCAGUCUUCUGAGCUUGCGGUCCCAGAGAGUCCUGACCAGGUGUUGCUGGCGCGUGCUGAUGAGCAGAUGAGCAAGGUUAUAUAUGACUGCUACUACUAUAUGGACGCCAGAGGGAAGAGACAGAAGCGCAACAUAUCCCGCGACAUUCCACUUCGGAAACUGGUCGAGCGUCUGCUCUCUGUUCCUCCUAUGUCUGGUCCGACGACGGUGGAUCUUCGCCACCCCCACGACCAUAUUACUUGGGCGCAAGUGAAGGACCUCUCGGCUAAGGCUCUAUACCGCAAGGUCAUACAGCAGGUUUACCAUCCCGACCGUCAGGGAAGUCUUGACCAAUGUCCCAGUUAUUGGCCUGAGCUCUCUAAGCGUAUCUCUCAGUAUUUGAACAACAAUAAGCCCUACGACUAA